UUUAUAACUGUCAAGCAUACUAACUCCGAGUUUUAUUAACAUCAAGGCUCUGAAUAGCUGCAAAAAAACGGAGAAUGUUCUGGAAGGUGUUGAAAAAGUGAACGUGAGAAAAAAUUAACGGGUAUCUAGACAGAAAAAGUAUAAAGGUGUCCUACAUGAUCUUAACUAGGAAGGCAAUAAAUAGACCUAUUAGCAUAUUGAAUCAAUGGAUUUAGAAUUAGAACCAACUUUAGAGUCAAUCAUCCAACAAAGUUCCUUAAAGUGGAUCUUUGUAGGUGGUAAAGGUGGUGUUGGUAAAACAACUACUUCCUCAUCAAUUGCAGUACAAUUGGCAUUAAAUCAUCCUAAUGAUCAAUUUUUAUUAAUUUCAACUGAUCCAGCACAUAAUUUAUCUGAUGCAUUCUGUCAAAAGUUUGGAAAAGAUGCUAGAAAAGUUGAAGGUUUAGAAAAUUUAUCAUGUAUGGAAAUAGAUCCAGAUGCAGCUAUGAAUGAUUUACAACAGCAAGCUCAACAAUAUAACAAUGAUCCAAAUGAUCCAUUAAAAAGUAUGAUGCAAGAUUUCACAGGUGCUAUACCGGGUAUUGAUGAAGCUCUUUCAUUUAUGGAAGUUUUAAAACAUAUUAAGAAUCAAAAAGUUGCUGAUGGAACUGAUAGUACAGAAUCUGAUAAGAUUAGUUAUAAGACUAUUAUAUUUGAUACUGCUCCAACUGGUCAUACAUUACGUUUCUUACAAUUACCUUCAACUUUACAAAAAUUAUUAAGUAAAUUCCAAAGUUUAUCUGGUAAAUUAGGUCCAAUGAUGAACAUGUUAGGAGGUGCAGGUGGACAAAAUCCUCAAGAAAUGUUUUCUAAAUUAAAUGAAUUAGAAAAACAAGUAGCAGAAGUUAAUGAACAAUUUACUAAUCCAGAUCUUACUACUUUUGUAUGUGUUUGUAUUUCUGAAUUCCUUUCACUUUAUGAAACCGAAAGAAUGAUUCAAGAAUUAAUGAGUUAUAAUAUGGAUGUUAAUUCCAUUGUUGUUAAUCAAUUAUUGUUUGCUGAAGACGAAGUUAAACCUUGUUCAAGAUGUGUUAGUAGAUGGAAAAUGCAAAAGAAAUAUUUGGAUCAAAUGUCUGAACUUUAUGAAGAUUAUCAUUUAGUUAAAAUGCCAUUAUUAGGUACAGAAAUUAGAGGAAUUAAUAAUUUAAAGAGAUUUUCUAAGUUUUUAUUAAAACCUUAUGAUCCAAAAGUCGAUAGUAGUAUUAUCACUGAUUUAGAAGAAAAAUAGAUUAAUUCAAAGUGAUAAUAUAAUUAUUUAGAAUAUUAAUGUAUAGAUCAGUAUAAUUCGAUAUUCAUUUUAAUGGAAAAGCAAUAAUGUCGCGCCUAUUCAUGUAACGACAUUUUCAUUCAUGUCUCCUCUCUCUC